AUGCCUUCUGACAGGUUGCCAGAUGGUCUCAACGAUGAGGCCAAUAAAUUAUGGAGAGCGGCAUUCGAGAAGAGCUGAAUUCCAUGCGCUCCACUCUCGUUGCUAAGGAUUGUCGGCGUGAAGAUAUGUUUUUAUUCCGGAAAGCCAACUACAAUGGCCUUCCGCCCCAUAUCCAACGCGAUUAUUGUGUUUGAGCUAAUUGGGACGUGUAGCGGACUUCGUCCGUAG